CGGCUGCUUUAAGUGUGAGAGCUGUAGCAGGCUAGUGCCAGUCUAGCACACGUCCACCAGGGUGAUGUGAGUACGCCCCCUCUGGUCCAUCCAACAUGAACUCUGUAGGGCUCCAGCGACAGGACAGCCAGGACAGCUGCAUCCUGGAGGGUUCCCUGAGGCAGAAGGGUCGUUUGUGGUACCGGCGCUCUCUGAGGAGCCUGGGGGAGAAGCUGCAGCAUAGAGCAGGCAGUCCCGGCAGGACCCAGCCCAGGGCCCCCCGCCAGAUGAGGCAAACUUCUUCCAACUCUCUGGUGGAUUAUUCGGACCCUCAGAGGACCACUUACACACUGGAGAAGCAAGACAAUGAGACAUAUGGUUUUGAUGUUCAGACGUACGGGGUGCAGCUGAGAAACGUGGCGGUGCUGGAGAUGUGCACGUUUGUGUGCACGGUGCAGGAGGACAGCGCUGCAGAGUGCUCAGGGCUGACCGCAGGUGAUGUUAUUGUUAGCAUCAAUGGGGUCAGCAUUGAGGGUUCCACUCAUCAGCACAUCAUUGACCUGAUUCGAGAAUCUACCAACUUCCUGAAGGUGGAGACGGUGUGUGGGACUGUAGUGAAGAGGAUCGAACUGGAGAAGAAGAUGAGCUCGCUCAAGCAAACUCUGAGAGAGAAGUGGUGUGAGCUGCAAGCUCUGGGCCUGCAGGAGAAGCGCCUCACCCAAGGUAACCUGAAUGACAGCUGUCUGUUCCCCUCCACGGACUCCCUGGUGUCGCUUAUGUCCCUCUCGGGUCUCCACGCUCACCGUUUCUCCAGCGACAGCAGCUGGCGGAGCGUAGCGACGGAGGACAGCGACCAGGCCAGCGUGUUUGGGGACCUGAGUUCACCCAGCCCCUUCAGCGCCGCCAGCACCACCGACGACUCCUGCUUCUUCCCCAGCUCAGACCCCCAGCGGGGCGGCGGGACCCGGCCCUCCUCCUCCACAGACCUCCCCCGCUCCACAAUCAACCGCAACCGCAGCGGCAGCCUGGCGGACAGCAGCUCCCUCUCUCCCUCCUGUGAGCGGAGCUCCCGUGCCUCCUUGUUCGGGACGCUGCCCAGGAAGGGCCGGCAUCGUGGGAGCGUGCGCCAGCUCCUCAGGUUCCUGCCUGGACUGAACCGCUCAGUGGAGGAGGAGGACAACUGAGACCAAUACAGACAGAAGCCUUCCCUUCGGUUUACUUCAUGUGUUCAUGUCAGUCAUUUUCUGAGGGUUUUCUUGCAACGUGACUUUGUGUGUGUGUGUGUGUGUGCGGGGGAGACUUGAACGUUGGACCUGUUGAUCUGCAGUUAAAGGCGCACUGCCCUGGUGGAAGGUAGUGCAUUACGUGGACUACAGACUCUGAAUGCUCUUCUCAACAGCUUUUAUCAUGAUGCAGUCUCUGUGGUCCUGUAAAAGACACAACCAAGGGAAUUAUGGGUAAAAUGAAGCAUUAUAAUGGAAAGAGGGUCCUUUUAUGAGUCACCCAUUAAGACUGUCGACAUGGACUGCAGGCAGCAUGUCAGACUGCCAGGAGAACUUUGUCUUGGUUAUUCAAUCGAACAUUAACACAGCAUUAAUACUUCUUCUGUUAACUACUCUGAAAGCAGGGACCCUGUAAAUGAAGGCUGUAGGCUCCAUGUGUUACUGUGUACUGUGUACUGUGUUUACUCGCGCAAUCUUCUUCUGAAUGUGACCACUGAUGCUGGGUGAUUAUCCUGGAUCUUGAAGAUAAACAGGGCUCACAAUGCCUUUGUUUUCAUUAGAAUUAUAAAUGUUUUGUAGAAAAAAGACUAAACAUAGAUCCAUUUCUAUAUCAAUGUGAAUGAGGGAGUGAGUUGAGAGGGAGUUGUGGCUCGUGUGUCAUGUGACUGCUUCUAAACCGCCAGGUACCUCUGCAGAUGAAAACAGGAUGUGGCAGUAAGAGGUGCUAGUUUCUUUACUAUUUUCGUUUGCAUAAAAACUUCUGAAGACAAAUGUUUUUUUGUCUCCAGAAGUUUUUUUCAUCACACAUUGUAUGAUAAAAUACUCUUGUUGUCUUGUAAAUCACUGACGACAUUUAUGAAUGUUUUCUUUCUUUUGUCAGUACAGUUUGCUGGCUGUCAUGUGCUCUUCAGUUUGACAUGGAAAUCAAGUCAACUAGGCUACUGUGAAGACUGAAAUCUUAUUGCAGUAAAUAAAAGUUUCCUUCCAACUGUUGACAUUUAAAUUGAAAUAAAACAGUACUUGCCAGUAGGUCCACUAA